AUCCUAGUUUAUGGGUCUAGUCUUGUAAGCUGCAAACGACAAAAGCCAAAACAUGAUGAAAUUGAGAGAGUGAUCGACAAGACUCAUUCCGUAAUCUGGAAAUGCUCAGUUUCAGAGUGUCAUCCAGGAAGUGGAUUGAGUUUUCCCUGUGGUGUUAGUAUUCCCUUCAGUGAAUCAAUUGAGUGUGUCUACUGUGUAAAAGGGGCGAAUUACUCUGAGACAAAUGAUUAUUCUCAGUGUAAAAGCUGUAGAAAGUGCAGUCCACAUGAAAAGUCAUCAGGACAUUGCACCACCACAGAGGAUACUACCAGGUGUUUGAAAAUAUGCAAUAAGGGUUUUUAUUGGAAUAAUAUAACCGACUCAUGUGAUCCAUGCAGUGACUGCUGCAGACAACCAUUGACACACCAUGAGCAGCAGUGUGAGGAUUCUGGUCUUCCUAUGUCACAUCAGUGUCGGCAAAGCCAUCUCGAAUGUCAGCAUCCUACAGGCACGUUCAAAAUUGAUGGAAAACUGUUUCAGCCUGAUGAUCACAAAUUAAAUCGGCUUUCUUCUUCCAGUAUUAUUGGCAUCGUGGUUAGCUGUGUUUUAUUAGUUGUGAUAAUAAUUGUUCUUGGCUUUGUGAUUCACAAAUGGUGUGACUGGUAGCAAGUCAAAACUAUUCUUAAAAGAGACUGUUGCUUCAGUCAGGGAAAAACUGAGACUAUUUACUCCUACAACCCAAAUGAUAAUGACGCUGACUUAGAAUCAGCCUCUUGCUCACAGAAAAAUGGAAGAGGACCUGGUCAUUUAGAAGAGGCUAAUAAGAAAGGACUUUUGACAUCAGGUUAGUACAAAAUAAUACAGUCUAACAAUUCUUCAAGACAGAAUGGACACCUUUAGGACCAGCAGUAAGUGUCCAUCUAAGAGUGAUGUCUGUCUUAUAGAGUCAGUAAGAUAAAGGAAGUAAAGAAAGGCAGGGACCAAAUCUAGGUGUCUGUUUUACCGUGGUGUCCUUCUUAAUAAUAUUGACUCCGUUAAGAAGAGUCAACUGUAUAAUCCCUGCCCCUACAAACAGAAGGUUGUUAAAAACUUUCACUAAAGGGAAAUUAAACGGUGAGGUCUGAUGGAAGAAUUUGAUGGCCAAUGGGGUGAUGCAAAAAAACCAGACAGUUUCAUGAAAGGGUUAUCAUAAAUACCCUGAGAUUACAGAAAUUCCAGGGGGUUGGUUUUGAGGACUAAAGACACAGCUAUUAUGUGGGUUAAUUUGGCAAUCCUUUAAUUGGAUCAAAAAAUUACAAUUUACCUGGGUGUAGAGGUUAUGUGAACGGUUAUUAGGCCCAGUGACAAAUAGCUGUAACAACUUUUGAUUCAUUCUCGGUGAAAUUUUAAAAAAUGAUGUAUGUUGCAGUUGUUUAUUAUUUUAUUAUAUUUCAUAACUAAAGAAGGAGAAGGAAGCGUACUUAAAAAAGAAUUCUACAUUUGUCUAAUGACAAUGUGAGUUGUUGUUCUGGUUUCUCCAGCUGGCCAGACACAAUGCUAUGAACUCUCCCUUUGUACUGUAGCAUCUGGCCUGGAGAAACCACUGCUUGCAGGGUAGAAGGGAAACACUGACAAAAGAAUUUGUAGCUGAAUUUUAAGAAAUAAUAGAAGCAUCCACUGCAAGUUGAUUGCUUACAAUUAAAAUGACAAUGUUCAGUUUGCUGUGUCUGGUACAGCUUAUUUAUAUUGUUAGCAAAAUAAAUUAAAUAACACCAAGUUUUGGGACCUACAGUAUAAGACACUCAAGGUUGGGCUUCAGUGGCAUUUCUAGGGAGGGAGCCACCUCCUACUUAUUUUUAGACCAAACUUAAACGCCUGCACUGUACCCCUCCCCUAACCUCAAAGGCCUUGGUCCACCAUUCAGGGCACUAGCGUGUGAUAUUACUGAAGAGAUCUUCAUGUAUUAUGUAUACAGGUAAUAAAAAGCCAAGAGAGCUCUGCUUAUCUUCUGCUGACAACAAAGACCAUUCACCACCUGAUGACCUUACUGUUUAUGUUAACCCUGCAUCAGACUUCCAUGGAUUUCAGAAACAUUUGUUGACCAGAAAAAUGGAAACCAUCCCGUUACGGCCAUUUUAUUGUAACAUUUGUACCAAACUUGAUGUAGAGCGACAAUUUUUGGAUGAUUACCGAUUACUUGGAGAGAAAAUUGGCCUCAGCAGAGAUGAGAUCACAUUACUUGGACAGAAAGGACAGCCAACUCAUUGCAUGUUACAGAAGUUUAAAUCUCAAAAGAAUAGUUGCGUUGGAAGAUUUAAGAACAUUAUGGAGGACAUGGACAGGCAUGAUAUUGUUACUAUUAUUGAUGAAUGGAUAAGCUUUGAGUGGGGGAAAGAAAAUAAUCAAGCACCCCAUUGA